GGUUAGAACUUAGAAGAAUGGAGCGCUUUGUUUGUGGUAAAAUAGUCAAAAGCCACUGCUGAUUUGGCAGAAGGAAAAUUAGAUCUGGUGAUGUCCUCCAAUCAGUAUUUUAGAACCAAAAACAUAUCAUUUCAUUUCUAUUGUUUUAUCUCAUUCCCCAAAUCAUCUCUCUCUCUCUAGGUCUCCUUCGCUCAAAUUCAAUAUUCAAUUUCGAGACGAUGUCGUCGUCCGCGGCGGAGAACGGGAGCAGGAAGAUCACCCUGCGCAGUUCCGACGGCGAGGUGUUUGAGGUGGACGAGUCGGUGGCCCUGGAGUCGCAGACGAUCAAGCACAUGAUCGAGGAUGAUUGCGUCGACAACGUCAUCCCUCUCCCCAACGUCACGGGAAAAAUACUUUCCAAAGUCAUCGAAUACUGCAAGCGCCACGUCGAUGCCGCCGCUUCCGCAACCAAGGCCGAUGACAAGCUCGCUUCCGCCGUCUCUGAUGAGGAACUUAAGGCUUUUGACGCUGAAUUUGUCAAAGUCGACCAAGGCACGCUUUUCGACCUUAUUUUGGCUGCUAAUUACUUGAAUAUCAAGACCCUUCUGGAUCUGACUUGCCAGACGGUCGCUGACAUGAUCAAGGGAAAAACUCCAGAGGAGAUCAGGAAGACAUUCAACAUCAAGAAUGACUUCACACCUGAGGAAGAAGAGGAAGUCCGGCGAGAGAACCAAUGGGCUUUUGAAUAGAGCUAGUGCAGAUGGAAUAUCUAAAGCUGCCAAUAAAAGCUUGAUUGGUGCAAAUAGAAGAUCCUGCUGACUCAUUUGAGUCUUCUUGGUCUGUGAAGGUUGCUUCUUCUAGGCUGCUUUUGGACAUUUUUCUAUUUUAUUUAACUUUCUCUUGAAAGAUUAUGCAUGUUAACCGGACUCAUCAUAUCCAUAUUAUAUUGCCCUAUUUUUACCUGCGUUGAUCAACUCUAUGAGAAUAUUUUGAGGCCUGCGAAAAUGCAGCUGGAUAAAAAAUCUCUACAUGCUUUAAACUAACAACUAGUCUCUGGUUGCAAGUAUAGAACAAAUUAUGGUCGUAAA